AACUCAUUCAAGACCAGCGAGUACUUGUGAUGCUCAGCGGUACGUUGGCGGUUGUUUUGUACCAUAUUGAAAAACACGGUUCUCUGCGGUGAAGCUGCCAUCCUCUGUUCAACUUUGAUAUCAUUGGUGUGACAUGGAGCCACAUGGGGACCUAAACCCUGACACGGAUGACCUGCCUCUCCGAGCCAAUACUAACCACAUACUUGUCAGACAUUAUGUGCUGGACAUGACGGUUCAUUUUGACAGUAGGGUCAUCAGUAGUAGUGUUGUUCUGUUCCUGGAGCCUGGCUCUGGGGUGAGGACUAAGGCUGGGGCUGGGGACGACAUUGGACAUGGAACUGGUGAUGGUGCUGGGACUACGGACGCUGGAGGAAGCCAGGAGAGGUUUGCAUCCGGAUUUCAGCAGGUGGAUGCAAUAGAGGAUGAUACUAAAGGAUUGGAGAAGGUGCACGGUGUAGAAGAAAGAGACAAAGCUGAAUUUCAGGUUGUGGCAGACACAGACAAUAUUCAGUCUUCACAUUUGUGGCUAACCACCAAUGAUAGUGAUUUCACCUUAGUGCUUGACUGCUGUGACCUCGAUGUGUCAAAGGUCGAAGAGCUGGACAUCACCUCUGUGUCAGCUAUGUUGGGCCUUCAACCAUCUGAAAGGUCAGAGGUCUAUUCACUAAACCCACAAGCAGCUUUAAUUCAGAGGCUCAUCUCCAUGCCCUCUAGCCAAUGGAGGCAGAAGCACCAGUUGUUCUCGCUGUGUAGCCGUGCCCCUGGUGCUCAGGAUGGCAGCUCACUGCAUUUUCAUAGAGAUAAAUGGAGUCUGCAGGUGAGGAAGAAGGGGGUCACAUCACCGCAGGACUUCCCUCGUGCUGUUCGGAUUUGCUAUGAGACGAGACCAACAGGAGGCUCUGUGAGGUGGACCAAAGACCAAGACAACAGGGUGUGUGUUUACACUGCCGGUUCUCCCAUCAACAACCGAGCCCUCUUCCCCUGCCAGGAGCCGCCUGUUGCCAUGUCAACAUGGCAGGCAACAGUUCGGGCCCCCAGCGAGUGUGUGGUUUUGAUGAGUGGGGAGGAGCAGGCUGUACCUACUGAGGACGGGGACACACAUUUCUUCAUCUGGAACUACUACGUCACAAUGGCCAUGCCUGCCUCCACCUUCACUUUGGCAGUGGGUCACUGGCACCAAGUCACAGCAGAAAUUCCCCCAGCACUGGAAAGUGGGGUGAGGGACAGGACGGACUGUGACAAGACGGCCAAACCCAGGGCUGGGUGCGGGGAAUGGGCCGAGGCUGGGGUUGCGUCUGGACUUGGAAGCUCCUCUAGUGAAGUAGUAAAGGGCUCUCCUCUCCAGACUGGCAGCGGAGACCAGACCACCCGCUCAGACUCUGCAUUCUGUUUCUCUACCCUUGAGGAUGCGGGCCUCUCUGUAACUGAUUAUUCAGGCAUGGUGGAUGACAGCAUCUCUUGUUCCCAUGCUGACUACCCUUGCCGAUUUACUGAGUGGUCGGCUUGGUCCCAGCGGGUGAUUCCACACCGUGUAUUUAGCCCCGUCUGCCUCCUGCAGAAGGCCCAGAUAGGAGUCCUCAAGCUGUUGCCUCGAUGUUUGGCUGCAGCUCAUGCCGUUCUGGGGGUCCAUCCAUUUCCCCGCCUUGAUGUUCUCAUCGUCCCGGCAGGGUUCUCCAGUCUUGGCAUGGCCAGCCCCCACAUAAUUUUCCUGUCCCAGAGUGUGUUGUGUGCUGGGAAUCCGGGUUCCGGAGACAAAGGCCUGUCUCUGUGUGGGUCUCGGAUUUGCCAUGAGAUUGCCCACUCUUGGUUUGGCCUGGUUAUCGGAGCCAGAGACUGGACCGAGGAAUGGAUCAGCGAGGGUUUUGCCACCUGUCUGGAGGACAUUAUCUGGGCCCAAGCACAAAAACUCUCAUUACAAGAAACAACAGAACAGUUUGACCUGAAGGCACUUCUGAGGUGGAGACGACUUUCUGAUGAGUUGCAAAACUCAAGAGAAGAACUUCAGGUCCUCAGACCCAACAUGGAGAAAACCGGUCAGGUCAGCAACUCUGGCUCCUCCACAGUCAAACAUGCUCUCAACCCUGAAAAAACGUUCAUGCAAGUUCACUACCUCAAGGGCUACUUCCUCCUCAGGUUCUUGGCCAGUCAAGUGGGAGAGCAACAAUUCAUUGACUUCUUCAGAUUAUUUGUGAAGAAAUACCACGGGCAGCUCAUUUUGUCUCAGGAUUUCCUGCAAAUGUUGCUGAUUACCUUUCCCGACAUGGAGAGAAAAGGCCUCACCCUUGGUGCUAUUUAUGCUGACUGGCUUGAUCGACCGGGAAUUCCAAAGUGGCUGUAUGAAAGGAGCGCCGUGUGGUCACAGGCAAGGCUGGUGGAAGAAGUCAAAGCAGAGGUUGUAAAAUGGAUUCUCCUCAGUCGGAGUCAUCAGGGGAAGGGCAGAAAGCGGAAGAGAAUAGAGCCCAAGGUGAACUACAAAGAGUUGACGUCUGACCAGCUAGUGAUGCUUUUGGAACUUCUGUUGGAGGAAUCGGAGCUGAGCGUGGCAUCAUUGUGCGCUCUGCAGAGGACCUACAGUCUACAGAAUCAAGAUGCUGAGGUGCGACAUCGCUGGUGUGAGCUGGUGGUCAAACAUGCGUACGCUCAGGCUUACGGAGACGUUGAGCACUUCCUGGUUCAUGACCAAGCCAUGGGUGUGUAUCUGUACGGGGAGCUGAUGGUUCAGGAGGACGCCGAGCAGCAGGCCGUGGCUCGUCGCUGCCUCUCAUUGGUCCAGGAAGAAAUGGACCAAUCGGCUCGCAGGGUGGUGGAGGAGAUGGUGCUCUGACUCUGGAGGUGGCUGACCGCGGACAGAGAUGACAGGAGUUUGGCACUGAGGGCAUACGAGGCUCCAGCAUUCACCUCCUCUUUCUCUGGGACGCUGCAGAAUCGCUCAGCAGUGUGAACACCAGAAGGCUGCGUUCGUACUCUACAGCCAAGGCCAACUGGCAGGGUUUAGAGCACAGCAGUUCUGUUCAUUUGAGUCUAAAGAAAUAGCUGGUGCGUGCGAGCCACUAACUCUACAAGCUGCUCAGAGUGAGAUAAUGUUGUUGACGACAUUGUUGCUGCGGUUAGAUGGAGAAUAUACAUUAUUUCACCCUUUUUAAAGUGACAGGUAACUAGAAAUGUGAAAAGAGGUAAUUCAUGGUUAAAGACUGCACCUCCAGCCAUGUUUAAGAACCCGAGCUGCUGUGUUUAAGUUACGGCCUGUUUGUGUAGGUGUGUGUGUGUGUGUGUGUGUGUGUGUGUGUGUGUGUAAGCGUGAGUUCAUGUCUGUUUAGUCUGAAGUCAUGAUCUGGUUCUGAAGAGUUUAGACUGGAAAUACAUGUGUAAUGUUUCAUAACAAAUCUGGCCUGUAACGAAACUGGAAAAUAAAGAACUCUCAGGGCAUUUCUUAUAUGUGUAAAUGAUGGUUUCUGCUGUGCAGGCAAAUACUCAUAGUGAACCUUUUUCUAGAGAAAACUUUUGAUUUGUUCAUGUCCAAAUAAAAAUGUUUUCUUAAAACACA